CAGGCCACGUACAGUGGCAUUCCAGUAUACGAGAUGAUGUGCAAGGGUGUCGCCGUCAUGCGUCGCCGUUCCGACGGGUGGAUGAACGCGACGCAGAUCCUCAAAGUCGCAGGGUUUGACAAGCCACAGCGUACCCGCAUUCUUGAGCGCGAAGUACAGAAGGGGGAACACGAGAAGGUCCAGGGGGGGUAUGGGAAGUACCAGGGUACUUGGAUCCCCCUGCCCAGGGGCUUGGAGCUAAGCCAAGCGCAUGGCUGUGAAGACCUCCUUCGACCGCUCAUUGACUUUCAACCGGAGGCAAAUAGCCCUCCGUUAGCCCCAAAACAUCUUGUGGCUGCCCAGGGAACCAAACCCAAUUCCAGAAGAGGAGGAGCGGACGGCCACGGUUCUUCAAUAAACACAAGAUCUUCACGAAAGAAUCAACCUACCGCAGCUGAUGGCUCAGACAUUGAGACGCUUUCCGCGCGUGGCUCAGAGGAUGGCACGAUGACACCCUCACCAUCUGAGGCGUCGUCGAGCUCGCGCACUCCGUCCCCCAUACGGAGUAGCCCGGUACCGUCGACUGUCGCUACAAACGGCGUCGAUGAGGACUAUCGUUCGCCUCCACCGGAAAACCACCGGAAGCGCAAACAGCGCGUGUCUAACGACAUUCAUGAGUACGAUGCACCGAGCGAAAAUGGCGCGCAUGAUCCGUCGACAUACGGCGAUCAGAUACUAGAGUACUUCAUAUCCGACACAAACCAGAUACCCCAUAUUUUGAUAACCCCCCCUCUCGAUUUCGACCCCAACAUGGCCAUCGACGACGAUGGUCACACUGCCUUGCAUUGGGCUAGUGCCAUGGGUCGUGUUCGAAUUGUAAAGCUUCUAUUAACUGCCGGUGCCGACAUUUUCAAGGUCAACAAAGCAGGUCAGACCGCUCUGAUGCGUAGUGUCAUGUUCGCAAACAACUACGACGUUCGCAAAUUCCCGGAGUUGUACGAACUACUUCACCGUUCAACGCUCAACAUCGACAACAGCAAUAGGACUGUAUUCCAUCACAUCGUCGAUGUCGCGAUGACGAAAGGCAAAACUCAUGCCGCGCGAUACUACAUGGAAACCGUCCUCACCCGCCUAGCCGACUUUCCGCGAGAAUUGGAGGAUAUCAUCAACUUCCAGGACGAGGAUGGGGAGACCGCUCUGACGAUGGCAGCGCGAUGUAGAAGCAAACGGCUGGUCAAACUCCUCAUCGACAACGGCGCAAACCCGAAAAUCGCGAACCGCGACGGCAAAACGACCGAGGACUACAUUCUAGAAGACGAGCGGUUUCGUUCCUCACCGGUCUUGCCGUCUCGCGCAUUGGGAAUGUCCUUUCGCAACGCGCAAGCGGGCUUUCCUCCGACCGGGGCCCCUCCUUAUUAUUCGUUCGGGCCUAUGAAUGGUGAUCGACCUCCACUGCACCAUUCCUCGACCGGCCAGAAGGCUGCGACUCGUUGUGUCAAUGACGCUACGAUGAUGCUCGACAGUCUGGCCGGUGCUUUUGAUCAGGAGCUUCGCGACAAGGAGCGCGAUCUUAACCAAGCGAACGCCCUCCUCGGCAACAUCCAAGCUGAGAUCCUGGAAAGCCAACGUUCGGUUGCACACCUACGAAAUCAGGCGCAGGGGCUGCCGCAGGCAAAACAGCGCCUCGGCACGCUCGAGGAGGAGUUGCGCAUGAAGAUGGGCAAACGAUAUCGCCUAGGGUGGGAGAAGUGGUUAAAGGAUGAGGAGGAGCGCGAGAGGGCAAUCCGGGAUGUGAAUGGCGGCCAGCUUGAACCCUCGCCAACAGAUGAGGAUGUAUCCGACUUGCUGGCGCUGCACGGGGACGUCCCGAUGGACCCGGAGGCGCUGAAGACGGAGUGCGAGAAGCUGAGAGCAGAGCUCGCCGUGUACAAGAAGCGGAGGAAGGAGAAAUUCGACGACCUCGUCAAGCUUCAGGCGGAGGCUGGGACGGGCGGACGCAUGGCUGACUACCGCCGACUCAUUGGUGCAGGAUGCGGCGGUGUUCCACCAGGCGAGGUGGACAAUGUGCUGGGCAUGCUCCUCGAGACAUUGGAAUCGGAGGAGCCCAGCUCAUCGUCGAUGGCUUGGAGU